UUCCUGUUCUAAUCCUUAAGUCCUGUCACUGUGUGUCGGCUGCUGAGUCUAAGUGAUGCUCUGCACAGAAACACAAACAAACUCCAUCUGAGGAUUUUAACGCUUCCCCUUAUGUUUUAAUGCAGAUUUGAUGUGAAGUCAGGACACGUUUGACUGGAUGGAAACUUCAGAUUGGCUCAGAUCUGGAAUGAAAACUGAAGACGAGAUCUGAUGACGCUGGAAUCAACACAAACCUUCUGCCACAGAAACUGUCAUUUAAUAUUUGCCAAAUACCUUCCUGUAGCAACACAAUCCUGUCAUUAACACUUAGGUCCACUCAGUUACAGUCAUCGUGCUAAUGCUAGUAGGUUAGCUAAUGCUAAUGACUGUGAUGCCAGUAGGUUAGCUUGUUUGUAGUAAAUGAACACAUGCUGUUCCACUAGUAUGCAGCUGUAGUUUUACACCAGUCUGUACCUGCUGAAUUUACCUGUUCACUACAGUUUAUUUACUGGAACAUUAGUGUGCUAGCCCAGCAGGCCUAGUAAUCAAGAUGGCCGACCCCUACCAAAACCAAAUAUACAACCAGGGUAGAGGAGAUGCCUAUGGGACAUACGGAGAAGGAGGCGGCCAUGACGGGUAUGGUUACCAGGGCGACUACCCCCCACAGGAAGAGGAUGCAGCGAGUGAUGUCACUGAAGGCCAUGAUGAAGAGGAUCAGAUGUACGAAGGGGAGUAUCAGGGGAUUCCACAUCCGGACGAGGUUAAGGCGGCGCAGAGGGCAGCACGGGCUAAGACUCGAACCCCGGGCAGCGCCGUGUCUGAACUACAGGAACUUUCUGAACAGUACGAGGACAUCAUGGAGGACUGUGGACACGGGAGGUUCCAGUGGACACUCUUUAUUGUCCUGGGUUUGGCGCUGAUGGCCGACGGAGUUGAAUGUUUCGUGGUGGCUUUUGUUCUUCCGUCUGCAGAGAAGGAUUUAUGCCUGUCCAAUGCAGAGAAAGGCAUGCUGGGUCUGGUGGUUUUUCUCAGUAUGAUGGUGGGAGCGUUUUUAUGGGGGGGCCUCGCUGACAAAGUUGGCCGCCGCCGUUGUCUGAUUGUGGCAUUGGCAAUCAACUGCAUUUUCGCCUUCCUGUCAUCGUUCGCCCAGGGUUACGGCUUCUUCCUGUUCUUCAGGCUGCUCUCAGGAGUCGGAAUCGGUGGAACGGUUCCCAUCGUCUACUCCUAUUUCUCUGAGUUUCUACAGAUGGACAAACGUGGAGAACAUCUGUCCUGGUUGUGUAUGUUCUGGAUGAUCGGUGGGAUCUACGCCUCCUUCACUGCCUGGGGGAUCAUACCCCGAUACGGCUGGGGGUUCAGUAUGGGUACUGAGUUCCAGUUCCACAGCUGGAGGGUCUUCGUCCUGGUCGCCGCUCUUCCCGCCAUCGCCUCCCUGGUCGGACUCACCUUCAUGCCCGAGAGCCCUCGCUUCCUGUUGGAGAACGCCAAACAUGAUGAGGCCUGGAUGAUCCUUAAGCAGGUCCAUGACACCAACUGGAGGGCCAAGGGUCAACCGGAGAAGGUCUUCACUGUGACUCACAUCAAGGCUCCUAAAACAGCAGAGGAUGAGUUCAUUGAGAUCCAGAGUGCGACGGGGACGCCCAUCCAACGCUGGGCCGUCCGCUCACUGACCCUGGGUAAACUGGUUCUGAAGAACGUUGCGUCUCUUGUUUCUGUUGAGCUGAGGUUUGCGACACUGUUCAUGGCGGUCAUCUGGUUCUGCAUGGCCUUCAGUUACUAUGGACUGUCUGUGUGGUUUCCUGACAUGAUCAAACACCUUCAACGUGAGGAGUACGAGUCCAAAGUCAAGGUGUUCCAUAAAGUGCGAGUGGAGAAUUUCCUUUUUAAUUUUUCUCUGGAGAAUCAGAUCCAUAAAGAAGAGGAAUACAUCCGUGACAAGUUCAUCAGUAUAGAGAUGAAGUCGGUGAAGUUCGUGGACUCGCUGUUUGAAGACUGUCACUUCGAGGACAUCAAGUCCACGGACACAGUGUUCGAGAACUGCACCAUCCGAUCCACCGUCUUCUACAACACAGAUCUGUGGGAGGAGAAGUUCAUCGACUGUAGACUGGAAAACACCACCUUCGAACACAACAAACAUGGCUGCCAUCUGGACACCAUGGAGGAAAACGACGUCCUCAUUUACCUGGUCAGCUUCCUGGGGAGUCUGGCUGUGUUGCCCGGUAACAUCAUCUCCGCCCUGUUCAUGCAGAAAAUCGGCAGAGUGAAGAUCAUAGGUGGAUCCAUGCUCAUAUCAGCAGGAUGUACAUUCUUGCUGUUUCUGAGCUCCAGCCAAUCAGCAAUCAUCGCUCUGCAGUGUCUGUUCUGCGGCGUCAGCGUCGCUGCUUGGAACGGCAUCGAGGUGGUGACGGUGGAGCUGUACCCGGCGUCCAAGAGGGCGACAGCGUUUGGCGUUCUCAACGCUCUGUGUAAACUGGCGGCGGUUCUUGGCAGCUCCAUCUUCGCCAGCUUCGUGGGUGUGACCAAAGCUAUUCCCAUCCUGCUUUCCUUCGCUGCACUGGUGGGCGGCGGCCUGGUGGCGCUCAGACUACCCGACACGCGAGAGAAGAUCCUGCUGUGAGGUCAUGUGAUGCAAGGGGGUGGGGCCAAACAUUUCUGCUUAUUCUGGGAGGCUGUUUGAGUUCAGAUUGAACAGAAAUAAAUCACUGCUGUUCUGUGUUUAUUUAUUUUCAUAUGAUGUGAAAUGUUUCAUAUUUUUGUGUAGGUUUAAGAGAAGAAAAAGAACAGUUAGAACAUAAUGAAUUUACACAAAACACACUCAUAAUGUUUGUCAGAAAUAAUGUUAGUUUAUGUCAAUACAACUUUGGGCUGAAUCGUCUUCCAUGUGCAUGAUGGGAAAUAAUGUCAGACGUUACUGAAUUUAUUUGUCGAUAUUAAAUAAACAUUUUGUCUUGUCCUUUGAACCCUCUGGUAUCCAGGUGAGCAUAUUAUGCACACUUUACACUUCAUGUUAUAAAAGGUCAUAUUAGUUUUCGGUUUGUAUUUGGUCAGAAUUCAACAGUCGUUCAAGGUCAUUGUGACGUCACAUCUGCAUGUUUGACGCUCUGUCCAUACCAAGAUGGUUUAGGUCAUAUCUGCAAAAGUUUUGUAUCAGAUAGGCCUUUGGUCCACAUGAAACCAGUGUUUUUUAGUCACUGAAACCGCAACUUUUUGAAACUGGGUCCUAGAGUGGAUAAAUUUGAAAACGCUGGUUUCACGUCUUCGUCUGCACGAGCAAACCGCAACUUUUCUAAAACAAUGAUGUCAUAGCCCCACCUCUUGAAUCGUUCAUCCCAGACGCAAGACAGCACUUCACAACAACA